GCAGACGACGCGGGCUUAGCUGAGAAGCGGGUUCACUCGAGUGCUGAAGGCGAUUAAGAAAGCUCGUAGGUCCGAUUUAGUGCAGUUUACUGGGUAACUAAGAAAAAUAUAGCGCGUAAAAUCGCGUUCUUCAUUAGACCCAUCCCUCUUCGCAUACUGAAAUCUGAGCCAACUUUUAUCCGUGAAAGCGAACAAAAAGGAGAACUUCAAUAUGAUCCGGCUUAGAUGUAGCGUUUUUGGUCGCGGAAGCAGUUUAUGUCCGCCCUCGUUAUGGGGUGAAUAUUUACUCGUGAUUGGGAUUGCCGCCUGUCUAUUAAGUGAAGGUGUAGCGAUACAGGAUGCUGCCGAAUUUGACCGAAAAGAAAUUGAUAUUCGUAAAACAAAGUGUGAAGUCUGUAAAACGGCCGUGAAGAUUCUUUUCAAAGAAGUGGAGAGCACUGACCCGGCGAAGGUUAUAGAAGUUGGUUCGUUCAGAUUACAGGCUGAUGGAAGCACCCGACAGAAGAAGGUGCCGUACCGAGGAUCCGAAAUUCAGCUACUUAGUCUUCUGGAUGACGGCAAAGUCUGCGGUGGCAUGAAAGAUUAUGUGCCCGUUACCGACAAACGAUCGGGCCUUCCUACAAUGAUAAACAUGGUUGAGGAUAUGGAUAAGAUACACCAAGUGAAAUUCAACCCGAAUCCUGAGUUCAACUCCAAGAUGAACACAUUUUGUGAGGAAAUAAUGGGCGAUCAUGAGGAUGCUCUGAUGACUCUGUUCAAGCGCCACAUCCACGCCGAUGGAUUAAAAACAACAGCGCACGAUUUUGGACAACAGUUUUGCAUUCACACAACAGGUUUGUGUAACGCUGAUGAUGAGAUGGAGACUCUGAAAGCGAAAAAUGCACCCACCGAUUGGGAUUUCCAGGAAGAUGAAAACGAAGAGUUACAUGUUGAUACGGGCGACGGCCAGUUCGGAGAUAUUGAAACACCGUAUGUCGACCGCACACAACAAUUAAACGAAUAUAAAGAUGACUACAAGCAAGAUAAAAACGAUGAAUUUUAGACAUUUCCACAGAGCACGAGCGACGCUACUCGACUGGUUCGGCGUUUCGCUUAAAUGUGUAUUCAAACUGGUAUUUCGAAUGAUCUAAUUGUUACUGUUUGUGUUGUUAAUUACUCACGAACAGAACAGGGUAGUCUUCAUCGGUUGUCCUCAUAUGAGCCGCCGAGGCAUUUCAGGUUCGAACAAUGAAUUGUCAUUUAGCAGAUGAUAUCUUCAUGGAAACAUCGUUCAUUUCUAUAGCAGAACUUGGUUGCCUAACGGGGUUCUCCACUUGAAUCUUUAUAAUUUAUAUAGGAUUAAAAUAUAUAUUAUAUUAAAUAGUAUUUGAUAAAUAAUAUAAAAUAAAAGAAAAACAAAUAAGAAAUAAAUAAUAAAGUAAAUAUUUUGACCGUUAGUGUGCAUUUAGCUGAAGACUUCAUCCCUGUUCAUUAAUAUCAAACAUAAUAUCAAACAUAUUUUGAAAGUUGAUCGAAGUCUCGGAUCGAUAUCACGUAAAGUUCUACGCAGUUUUUCAUUCAUUUGGUUCACCACGAGAAUCCGUUGGGCUUCGAUCACAUCAAGAAUAAUCGACUUUUAUGAGAUUCUUAUUUCCAAGUUAUCGUUCAGCUAUAAUGCAUGUAUUGGUAUAAUUCACUUGUUUAAAAUGAAUGGGGUACAACCGCAAUUAUUUGCAAGCCCAGAAUCAUUAUCAUUCUGUGGCUGGCAUGAAAAUAACAACAUGAAAAUCGAUAAAAAUAUUUUGCACUGAGGUGCGGCUGGGCAGUUAUGACAACAUUUCUAAGCUAAAGGUCACGAUACAUCCAUACGUCAAUAAGUCAAAGUACUUGCGACCGUGUUGGAAUAAAUUUUGCUUUUACUGGUGAAUCCUAGCAGCAAAGCCGUUGACCCAUAUUGGGGUAAGUGGUGUUAUGUUAAACUUGUCACAUUAUUGCUGCUAUUUAUUUGUUUGCCGCUGUUUUUUAUUCGCACAAUAGCAGAAUCUACAGAAUACAAGGUUUUUGUCGUAAGAAAAUUUGGUAUUUAAUUUCCAUCCGCUUCUAAAUGUUAUAAAUGUUCAAAAUAUUAUCGAAUAAUAUUACAAAAAAAAACGUUUGUAAUUAUAUAUAUAUAUAUUAAUCUAUUCAACGCUUUUGUAAAUGUAUAUUCAGUCCUGAAAAAUUAAAUGAUGCGUCUAGUACCGUAUCCUUCAUUAACAAAUAUUUAAUGAAUAAAGUAUCAUCGCCUCUUAUGACAGCAAAUGCGAUAUAUUUUAAUGACUGUAUCGUUGAAGUAGAACAAAUAAUUGUUAAUUGAGAAUUAAACCCGCAUUGCUUCAGACAACUAUCGUCUUGUAGCAUUCGAACCAAGACCACCACAGCCCUCAGAUGUGCAAACACGUAAUAAUACGUUUAAGAUUUAAUAGGCAACACCAGCAAGACUUCUGGAAGAGAUGUGGAGGCGUUUUAGGGAGAAUAUGAAUAAAUAAACCUUGUUACAUAAUAUAU